CCGGACCACUGGUGUCGGGACGCUGCGGUGGUGGAGAGGAGGCAGGCGUGCGGCUGGAGCCUGGCGGACAGUCGCAGGCUGACGCUGCCGCAGGUCAACAGCUCUGGAGCCGUGCAGCACAGCAGCUGCGAGCAGUACGAGCUGGACUGGAACAGAACCUCACUCACCUGCGACUCUCAGGAGCUGGACCUCAGCAAGACUCCCACAGCUGCCUGCAAAGACGGCUGGGAGUACGACUACGAGGGGAGACAGUCCUUCGUCACUGAGUUCGACCUGGUGUGUUCAGACAGCUGGCUGGUGGACAUGUACCAGGCCACGCUCAACAUCGGCUUCCUGAUCGGAAGCAUUGCCAUUGGUUACCUGGCUGACAGGUUUGGCAGGAAGAUGAGCUUCCUGAUGUCCAACCUGUUUAACGGGAUCACAGGGAUCCUGGUGGCCGUGGCUCCGAACUACGUGUCUCUGCUGGUUUUCAGAACGUUGUACGGGUUUGGAGUGAAAGGAGGCUGGGUGGUCGGAUACGUGCUGAUCACAGAGAUCGUGGGAGUGGAGCACCGGCGGACGGUGGGAGUCCUUUACCAGAUGUUCUUCAGCGUUGGCAUCCUCCUCCUCCCGCUGCUCGCCUACUUCAUCACCGACUGGCGCUGGCUGCAGGUCGUCAUCACCGUCCCCUACAUCCUCUUCCUGUCCUACUACUGGUUCCUCCCUGAGUCUCCACGAUGGCUUCUGUCUCAGAACCAAAAGUCCAAAGCCGUGAAGAUCACCGAGGACAUGGCCAAAGAAAACAAGAGGACUCUGUCGAAGAACAUCGAGAAUCUGGCAGACGACAACGCCGACUCCUCCACCGCCUCCUUCAUGGACCUGAUCAGAACUCCCAAAAUGAGAAAACACACUUUCAUCCUCAGCUUCAACUGGUUCACCAGUGCUGUGGUCUACCAGGGUCUGAUCAUGAGGCUGGGGAUUCUGGGAGGAAACGUCUACAUCGACUUCCUCAUCUCUGGCCUGUUGGAGUUUCCCGCCGCCUUCCUCAUCCUCUUCACCAUCGAGCGCAUCGGCCGACGUCUUCCCUUCGCCACCGCCAACAUCGUCGCCGGAGCCUCCUGCUUCAUCACGGCCUUGAUCCCUGACAGUAUGUUCUGGGUGAAGACGGCGGUCGCCUGCAUCGGUCGGCUCGGUAUCACCAUGGCCUUUGAGAUGGUCGUGUUCGUGAACACCGAGCUCUACCCGACGUUCGUCAGGUGA